AUGGCCGCCGAAAAGCAAGCUCGUACCGGCCUCGCCGUCGGUCUCAACAAAGGACACGCUCGUGUCUCCAAGCCCAAGGUUAGCAGAACCAAGGGUCACUUGAGCAAGCGCACUGCGUUUGUCAGAGAUAUCGUCAAGGAGGUUUCUGGUCUUGCACCAUACGAGCGCAGAGUCAUCGAAUUGCUCCGUAACAGCAAGGACAAGCGUGCCCGUAAGCUCGCAAAGAAGAGGCUCGGUACUUUCGGACGUGCUAAGGCCAAGGUCGACGAGCUCCAAGGUGUCAUUGCCGAGUCCCGCAGAGCCGGUCACUAAAUUCCCAACCUCAUAUUCUCUCACCACGAAGAAAUCACAUCUCAUCUCUUCAAUACCAUGGAUUGAUAAAUGGGUUUAUGAUGGAUCUCCACAUUUACACAAGUC